AUGUCGGAAGGAAAUACCCCAUCUGAGGACCGCUUGGAGCCUUACAUUUCAGCCGAUCUUCCUGAGUAUAUUGUCAAGAAUCUCACUCCCUUAAAAAAGAAAGAGAAGAGAUUGAGAAGAAACUCUGAUGAAUCCAAUAAACAACUCGAACGGAAGAGAGGAUUUUUGGAAUCCAAAAGGUCCAAAUUGCAAGAAAGGUCAAACUUGAUCUUACAGAAAGUACGCGAGGUGGAGCUCAGAAGGCAACUUUUCUCAAGAUCACUCAGGAAUAACUUGAAUCGGAAUCUAGAGUUAGCAAGUGAGAGAAGGAAAGCAGCGAUCGAAGCUAGAAAGACUAAUGCCAGACGGUACCUGGCUUUAUUUGGAUACGAGAAUUCUAAUUUUCAGCUCCAAAAGAAGAAAAUUGCUGAUCCAUGUAAUGUAGAAGUGAGUGAAUCCACCGUACUCCUCGAUUUCAAGGACCAGGAGCUGCAGAUCAUAUCCCAGCCCACUGUUGAUCAAAAAGCUAGUCUGGUUAAGGAUAUCGAUCCACCUCCUCUCAAGCAGGUUCUUGUUAUUCAAAAGGCUAUUAGGCGGAGGCUUCUCAUUUCCAAAGUUAAACAAUUACGAGACUCUAAUCUUUUAUUUAUAAUAUCACGUAGAUCCUCGGACAAUUUGAAGAAGUUACUAUCUCCAAACAUGUCUUCUUUCAGCAAGAUUUACGAAGUUCUUGAACUUUUUAAAUUGCCUGGCUCUUACAGACUGUUCAUUUACUCGCUAAUAUUGAUGGCGGAAUUCAGGGACUCGAUUAGUGAGUCAGUUCCACAUCCAGGUUACAACACUAAUUUAUACAAGGAAGAGGAAAAUGAUAAAGAAGAUAAGUUUGCUCGAAUGAUUUCGAUAAUAGUAUACAAAGCAUCGUAUAUAUUGUCAAAGGCAUUCAUCAAACUUAUUCACAGGUCAGAUUGGGACUCUUUAUUGAGCCCCUAUAGUAUUGAAAGAUUGAAAUUUGCUCACGUUUGGAAACAAUUUCAUUUCUACUUCGACAUAUUCCGUCCUAACCAUCUCAGGCGCACUAUAAAGUCAUCUUCAAUAGCUAUUGAAAUAUUCGACUCCAAGAUAGCAUCUUUUGUUGACGGAAUUGAAGAUGAAUCGGUUCUUUCAACAGUGAAAGAGGAUAGAGAUUGGUUAGAAGGUAAGCGCAAUAAACUUAUUCAGAAGCUUAAUUAUUUGUAUGAUGAAGCAGAAGUUCAUGAAGUUGUGUCUCCAUGGACUCAAGCGGCCCCUGGCAUCAUAGGAUAUGAUGAGAUUCGCCAACUGAUUAGUUCGGCUAUUGAAAAUUGUUCACAAAGGCCAUCUUCCCUUGAUUUAUCUGCGACUCAACAAGCUCUUGCUGAAUUGAAUUUGAAUUUAGUAAACAAGAAAGCUUUACCUUCUGGCCUUAGAUAUCCAAAUACUCACAUAAUAAAGGUAAACAAUAGAACAUACUAUUUCCCUCCAUUCAUAACUAUUAACCAGUGGAGUAAAUACAUUGUUGAGAAGCAUUUAAAUAGACCAAUUGAUAAAUUGGAAACAUAUGGCAUUCCUAAAGUAUUGAAAACUGGUUUUAUUUCUAAGAAAUCCUCACUGCAGUUUGUAGCUGAGAAUCAUCCACUCCACAUUGAAGAUGUUUUCAAAUUUUUCAACUUGGAAACAAUAUUCGACAAAGUAUCAAAUUUUAUUAAUGGGAUCGAAGGGCGUGAAGCUGAAGAGAACAUUUCAAAGCUUGAUGACUUCCUAACCAAUGCAUUUUUAAAUAUAUUUGAAUAUUGUAUGCAAUUCCAUGAUUUGUUGAAAAGUAAUUCUUACGAAGUUAUUACUUCGUUAUUGACAAAAGUGCGUCUAUUUAGAUGUAUGCCUAGCUUAAGGCAGACUUUGGCUCGUGGAAGACUGGUCAUUAGGUUUUUUGAAUUGCAUUUCAUGUCUUUACUGAGUUUGGCUAACGUUGCGCCUCCUAGUUUAGGAUUUCUCCCUAGUCGAUGUACAGACUUUUUAGACUUAUUAAAGUUGCUUCAAGACGACUCUCAAUUUACUAAUGAGCAUAUGAUUGAUAUAGUACUUUUCUAUCAAGGAACUGACAUUAUAAUUCAUGAUUUAUGGCUAAGAAGGUGUUACUCCAGCUAUGAAAAUGACAUCUCUGGCUUUGCUUCAGCAAUGUGUUUGGCAUCUUCAUAUUAUGGACCACAGGUAUACCACGUAAACAGAAGUACUAAUUCACCACACUUACGAUAUCCUAAGUUUUAUGAAUUUAUGUACCAGAAUGAUUCUACUUUUGGAACUAAAAUUGGAUCCAAUUUCGUAGCUUUAUAUAAAGCGUCGAACAGUAUCCCUUCGUUGGAAGUAAACAUGGGCCAGUCGAGCAACGUUAAUUCUAGUGAGUAUUUUCAAAAGAUAUUUGCUUCGUUCCUCGUAUCAGAUAACAAAUAUUCAAUAGCAUCGUCAAUGUCAAAAAAGUCUUGUGAAAAUGAGUUAACAAAGCUUUUCAUCCAGGAAUUGAAGAGCUUAAUUAUAGAAAGUCGUUCCGUUUUGAUUUCAGGGAUAGUGUUGGCAAUUGUUGGACAAGUUUAUUCGCAGGUCCAAGUGGUUGGAAAUGCAUGUAAUAGAAGUACUUUGAACCAUUAUAUGAAAGGUGUCGGCGAAAAACUCUUCAAGUACGUGAAAUUGUGUUUAGAGAAGGAAUCUUGCUCUCUUCAAAUGAGUGAAAUAUUCCAAUUGAUUACAUCUACAAUAUUGGCAAAUUUGCAAGAUUAUAUAGAGGCCGAUAGUAGCUCAAUUGAAUUUCAUGAGAAGUUUCUAGUUACUUACCUUGCUAAAGUUAUUGGAACAGCAUCGACGGGGAGUAGUGUUGUUGCUCGUACAUUGCGGGAGAAGUUGGUUAAAGUAUUGAGUGAAAGAAGCGAGCCAACCAGACUAAUAAGAGGCAACUUCAUUCACCUAUAUAAUGAAACUUUGAACUUGAAGAAGUCAUACGAGGCAUUUUUCAAAGGUUUUUAUGGUUUAUACUUCCCUAUCUUGAAUUGGAUAUACGAAGACAUUGGCACACCAGUCAUAUGA